AUGGAAAUUGGCAGCGCCAGUCAAGACCAUUUGAAAGUUUGUAAAGUGAAGAAGAAGGUAUUGAGGAAGCAGGUCAGAGCUCAGCACACACUGAUGAGACACGAGGGCAUUGAGUGCGUCUCCCAUGCCACACAGAAUUUGGUUGUUGCCAAUGCUGGUCUUGGUAAUGGGAUGAACAGAUGCCAACUGUUCAAAAUAGUAGAAGAGUAUGGAUUGGUGGAAACCCUUUUAAUGCCACCGAAUAAACCAUAUUCAUUUGUGAAAUAUGGGACCACAGAGGAUGCCAAGAAAGCCUUUGAUGCUCUCAAUGGAAAAGAAGUUACGUUGGAGGACUUCGGCCAAAAUAUUGUUCUAUAUAUUAAUUUUGUGGAAAAAGUUUUUUGGAAAAAUGUGGUGCCGACAAGCUUGCCUCCAGGCCUGACAGUGGUUGAAAAUAUUAUUUCUCCUGAGGAAGAAAGGAGGAUGUUGGAAAUUAUUGACUGGAGAGAAGAUAAGGAUACUCAAAAAACCCAGAAGACUUUAAAACAUAGAAGAGUAAAGCAUUUUGGAUAUGAAUUUUGCUAUGGUAGCAACAAUGUUGAUAAAAAUAAACCUUUGCCUGGAGGUCUCCCUGAAAUUUGCAACCUGUUCUUAGAGAAGUGCUUGAAGCAGGGAUAUAUCAAACAUAAACCUGAUCAACUGACUGUAAAUCAGUAUGAACCUGGGCAAGGAAUUCCUCCUCAUAUUGAUACACAUUCUGCUUUUGAGGAUGAAAUAAUCUCUCUGAGUUUAGGAGCCGAGAUUGUGAUGGAUUUCAAGCAUCCUGAUGGUCAUACAGUGGCAGUUAUGCUGCCCCGACGCAGUUUGCUGGUAAUGUCUGGAGAAUCCAGAUACCUGUGGACACAUGGGAUAACACCCCGAAAAUAUGAUGUCAUUCAAGCAUCUGAACUUGGCCAGAAGGUUGGAACAAUCACUGCUGAUGUUGGAGAUUUAACAUUACAUCGAAGGGAAACAAGGACAUCAUUUACAUUCAGGAAAGUGAGGAGAAGCCAUUGCAAUUGCAUUUACCCAUCUGUCUGUGACAGCCAGAAAGGACAGCAAAGACAGGGACAACCUUCAGUUCCCCUCAGUGAGAUGGAGGCCUUAAAGCUGGAGCAAGAACAUGUACACAAGGUGUACGAAGAGAUUGCAACGCACUUCAGCAGUACCAGGCAUAGCCCAUGGCCCCAAAUUGUGGAGUUUCUCAGGUCAUUACCAAAGGGGGCAAUAGUGGCUGAUAUUGGUUGUGGUAAUGGGAAAUAUCUAGGGAUCAACAAGGAUUUAUACAUGAUUGGCUGUGAUCGCAGCAAAAACCUUGUGGAUAUUUGUGGAAAAAAAGGAUUCCAGGCUUUUGUCUGUGAUGCCCUGGCAGUGCCGAUCCGGAGCGGCUCCUGUGACGCCUGCAUCUCUGUUGCAGUCAUCCACCACUUCUCGACAGCAGAGAGGAGACUAGCUACUAUCCGUGAAUUAGCCCGUCUUCUGAGACCUGGUGGAACAGCACUCAUAUAUGUCUGGGCAAUGGAACAAGAAUACAGAAAACAGAAGUCUAAAUACCUUAAGGAAAAGAAUGACAGUAAAGGCAAGGAGGAGGAGACUAAUCCUGGCGCCAUGCGGGGACUGCCAAGCGAUCGUGUGCCUGGUGGCAGCAGCCAGGGCUCGGCGAGCUCCGACCGGCUCCCUCGUGACGCGAAGGCCGAGGGCUGCGAUGCAAAACCCGUGGCUGCCUCCGCGCUGCCCGUUCACACCAACCGAACCUCCUUCCACUCGCAAGACUUGCUGGUUCCCUGGCACCUGAAAAGUGACCCUAAAAAGAAGAGGGGAGAUGCUGCUAAACUAUCGUCUCCAGCAGGCUCUGAGGAAUCCCAAGAACUCGGCCCUGUGUUCCACCGUUAUUAUCACGUGUUCUGUGAAGGAGAGCUGGAAGCAGCUUGCAGAGCCUUGGAUUGUGUGAGAGUUCAAAAAAGUUACUAUGAUCAGGGAAACUGGUGUGUGGUUCUGGAAAAGCUGUAGGCUUGUCCUUCCUCCAUUGCCUGGUCU